UGGGGUGGUUGUCAUCUUUGUUUGUUUGUUUUUGUUUUAAAACCGAAAUUACCGUGUACGAGCAGGGGUUGAAGUCCCCUGCGCCAAGGGUUGUACGCCGAUCCGGACCGGUAUAAAUCAGUACGUAGUAAGGGAGGACGUCGCGGCGCCGGCGUCGUCCACCCCGACAGUAACCCCAAAUAAGGAACCGAAUUCCAACUGAAAUCAGCCCCAAUAUGUAGCCAUCGAAAUCCGCAAUUCGGAAGCGUGUUUCUCGGGGGUGGUUGGUGAUCGAAACCUGAUCAAAUCGGUGGUGGUGCGUUUGUGUACGUGAUGCGUGUGCAUUGUUGAAUGUGUGUAUGUGUGAGUGUGAUAAUGCGUGGGUGUGUAUUUUUAGCGAUGCAACGGCGAUAUCCAUUAUUUAUUCCGUGCGCUACCAUUGUGACCUACAUCAACGUGUAGAAUUCGAAAUGUCCAACAUGGGGCUUCGGAAUAGGAGCGUCUAUUUGCGUCCCAACUAACCCAUCAAAGCGCCUCAAUGCUAAUCGAGGACGUCCUAUAAAUAAAUAAGGAAGAGAGAAAGAUAUAGAGCUAGAGCGAAAAGGGAGCUAGAGUAGAAAACGGAGAAGGAAACUGCAAAAGAAAACAAAUAACACACAAAAAAAUAUAUAUAGCGGGGAACAAAUUAUAAAUAAAACAAAUUAAAGAUGUUCUCGUGUCUGUGGCACUUGUGGGAUUGGUUGGAUCCCACAAGUAUGGAAAGCAAAAAGGGUGCAUUCCAGAACCCGUCGCUAAUCCAAUCAACAGGAAACGAUGUCCCCCUUGAAUCGAUCCCGAAGCACCAGCACAACACGGCGCCCCAGCACCUGCGGCUCCUCCAGUACGGCCUGAAGAUCCCAUCGAACAGCCAACAUCAGCACCAAAUAAACAACCAAACCCUUCAACACCAGCAUCUCCACCAGUUUCCUCAACAGGGCCACAGGCAUCCGCCGCCCCAGUUUAACACCAACAUUCAUCCGAAUCCGAUGCACCAGCACUUCAACCAACCAUCCAACCAACAGUAUAUUCUGUACCAGAAAACCAAAAACCAGCCGAUCUAUCAAUCCAACUCGAACCAAUCCCUGCAUCCGCACAAUCCUCUGAACGCACCGAAUCCCCAAAUCUGGGUGCCUCACCAGCCGCCCGUACAUUACCACCAGCAGAAAACGGAAGCGCAACAGAUCCCCAACCAAAACAAACAGCCGAAAGAGCCCAUCGAGAGGAAGAGAAGCCAGCAUAAUUCACAACAGCUCAGAUCGCCAUCAGCGAAGCGGCCGCUCGAUGCGCCCGUCACCCUCCAAGGUUGGCUCCACAAACAAGGAUCCGAAGGGCUUAUGCUCUGGAAGAAGCGCUGGUUCGUGCUUUCCGAAUACUGCCUCUUCUACUAUAAAGGUCCAGAGGAAGAAAAAUUACUAGGUUCAAUAUUACUGCCAUCUUAUAAAGUAUCCAUAUGCAGUCCCGACGACAGAGUCAAUAAAAAGUUUGCCUUCAAAUGUGAACACACUAAUAUGCGGACAUAUAUAUUAGCGGCCGAUUCACAAGAACUAAUGAUGCAAUGGAUACGAGUCCUUAAUUUAGCCUGUCUUUUACAAACAAACGUAGAUUCUGAAGUUUCUAUAAUGAAUACCUCAUCGUCGACUUUCCAAUCGAACGAGAACUCCGAUUCUGGGUUCAAUCAACAGUACAAUAACAGUAGGAACACUCCAAUUCACAUGCAUUCGUCAAGCAAUACGACAGAUCAAAGUAAUCCGAGCCAAGAUUUGAGUCAAUAUAACCAGCCUUUGUAUGCCAACGCACCGCCGAAGCCUCGUAGAUUGACAGACGGAUACCAAUCGCCUAGUCCCGAUGUCUUAGACAGAUACAACGAACCCAAGUAUGUCACCCUGCAGCCGACUUACAACAUCCAGAGGAGUGUCACCAAAUCACCUUCCGUGAACAUUUAUGGUAAUCAAGAAUACACAUCGAGAAAUGAGCACAUGAGCCAGCAUUUAGUACAAAACGCCGAACGAAGAACACCGGACACGUAUGGCCGAUCGAAGUCCCAUCCCGCUAGAGGUCGAUACCCCUCAGAUUACGAAGACAUUUAUGCGGAGCAGUACAUGUACAAAAGACCUCUAAGCCCUCUGGCUUAUAAUAAUAUUAAGAAAACUACCCCAACAGUCACGCCGAUACAAAGAACAUACACCCCCGUUUCCAUGUUAGGACCUAAGGAUAUCCAGUACGUUCCGCCAUUAAGGAAGUCUCCUAGCUCAGUGCCUAGACCUCAUAGUGCCGACUUUCUUGAAUAUGAAGUCAAUCACCCUCAAAACACUACCUCUGUCACCAGACAACCGAGGCCGAAAUCGAGUCUAGAUAUCAAUAGGAAUACCAACGACAAUUACUUCUACUCGGAGGAGAACUACGCAGAUAAAAUGCGGAAAAGUGCUCAGUACUUGCCAAAAAUGCCUAAGUAUCCGGCACGUCCGGAAAACGAGAAUAAUUUUCCUUUAAUGCGGUCGAACACACAGCCCAUGCGCCAGAAUCCUCCUCUGGACUAUGCUCGGAAGGAGUCGCAACCAGCGCGUAGUCGGAGCGUCCUCAGCGAAGGUUCACUAUCGAAAGAACUCGACGUCGAACUUAGAACAAGUCCGCAAGAAAGAUUCCGCGAAACAUUGAGUCCAACUCAAGACUUGUACGGAUAUACAGAUGAUAGAUUGAGGGACUAUGAUCCUUUCACUAGAUCGGCCAGCGCUAGAUUAGCUAACAUUGAGCAAAGAUUGCAAGGCGAUGGACGAGCAAGCAUCAACAAAGAAGGUGAACGAAAGCGCGAGGAGUCGAUGAAAAGAUUACUCGAAUGGAAACAACGAAUGCUUCAAUCACCUUUGAACAGAAAGAUGAAUCAAAAUAUUAAAGGUGGAAAAAGUGAAUUGUACUACAAAACGCAGGAGAACGGCUACACCAACCAUAAAGGAGUCGCGGACGGUUUCAUCGACAGAAGACCCUCAAAUCCUUUUCCGCAAUAUAAUAGCUAUUCAUCGGACGACGAAGAAAAUGUGGACAGAAGCAAAGAAACUAUGCAGGCAGGACGGACCUUGGACACAUUGUCAACAGAAACUGCACCCUACACCUCUAUUCCUGUAUUAGACUCUCAAACUGACACACCUAUUAAGCACGACACACAUAGCACAACAGCCAAAGAGAACGUAGACAAUACAUUCACCAAACCACUGAAACUCUAUAAUAAAGAAGCACCUAACAUAGCACACGUCUCGAGUCUACGGUCCGAGUAUUCUGAAAAAUUUGAACAAAGUCCUGUAGUCACGGAAAUUAAAAGCAACGGAGCGCUUGUCAAAAGUAUUUUAGCAGAGUUCGAAAAGAAAGAUCCCACUGAAGAUGAGCAUAUACCUGCAACGCCUACUAAAGACAUUGAGACUGUCAUUGAAGAGAACUAUAUGACUAUGACACCAAGAAAGAGUGUAUUAGACGCCAAUAACUCCAAGAUAUUGGAUACGAUUAAUUUAGAACUGGAUGAAAAUCCUUACGUUGAGAUGACUCAGGGCAUAAAUGCUUCUUUGUUAGAUCCUAACAAUACACUUAACAUCGAUCACCAACCAUACGAAAUGAUCUGCUUCUCUGGAGGUCAAAUGGAACCGCUCUACAUGGAACUGCAUCAUCCUAAAAAGGUUCAAGUAUUAGAUUCGAAAGACUCGUUUAAAAAGCCAGAGCUUCCUGAUAUCUUACUACCUUCUCAGAGCUCGAAAAGCACGAAGUCUGAUAGCUCUGACGCUGACGAUGAAGCUUCCAAAGAUUUAGAGUCUCUAGACACUCCAAGUCAUCCUAGAUUCAGUCUUUCCGAUACAUUUAGACCGGCCUCUUAUUAUUUAGGUGCGAGCCAGACCGUUCCGGAACUUCAAGAUAGUUCAGACAGUGAAUUAGUUUCACCACCUCCGAUUCCGAGGUCACCGCCGCCUUUAGAAGAUCUUGAAGGCGAGGCUAAUAAUCACAAGUUCAGAUACUCUAAGAGAAACUCCGAUCAAUACUUUAAUGAUAAGCACGUUUUCUUGAAAGGAAGCACGCAAUCUCUGGACGUGAAGAAACGAAGCUUCUUAUCGUUGAAUUCCUUUAAGGAUCAGGACACUUCGUCCAUAUGCAGCGCAAAUACCGAUCCCGAAACUAGGUUCAGCAGACUGUCGCAUAACAGCAAUUCAGAUGUGGAGUUGCGAACGCAGAGUGAUUACGAGAGAAUGUUAAAAAGGCGGCCCGUUUCUGAGGAAUUUUGCGAUGAACUAGAAUCGCUGAAUAGCGGCUUCAAUAAGACCAUAGACAGCGUCGAUCUGGACAAAUACCUGCAAGAAUUGCAGAUCAACAACUUGAACGCAAGCGAUUCUAAAGACAUGAGGAAUUUCAUUGUGGCCAACACCGAAAAGCAGUUCCACGAUUACGAGAAUCUGUGCAUAAUGAAUGACAAUAAAGACAACUCUCUGUUGAGCAACAUUUCUGCAUUGUCACCGAUAUCAAUGCAUACGCACAGCCGGGAUAAUUCCAGAGACACGGCCAUUAGCCAUGCGACUGCAAAUACCUUCCAAUCGGACAAUAGUGAUCGCAGAUCGAUCGUUUCAUCAGAUUUUAUACAAAGAGGUAGACCAGAAAGCAGCGCAUCGACAGCGGCAGAGAUUAGCGGAUUCCUGCAGAACUCCAGCAGAUCGACUCCAAUUAUAAGGAUCAGCAGUUCAAUGAGCACCCAAGAAAUUCCACCUAUUUACUUCUCGGAUCGAGACACCAACGUGAACGCCUCCCUCAACCAACCCGCGCCUUAUUACUAUUCAGACCUCUCAAUGAAUACCUCCAACACGGAGAAUAGCUCAAUUUUGACUUUAAACAAUCAGCGCGGAGCUAUGAAUGGCAAACGCGAUAUAACGCACAUAAUUAAUCCGAUCCGAUGCAACAGUCGUUUAAGGAACAGUCACUCUCCUCGUCAGAAACUUAUGGACAAUACUUUUAAGUUAGCGGCAGAAGCGAGGUCAGUGAGUGUGGAUUUUCUGAAUUUAACCGACAAAUCUGGACAUAUUGAUAAAAAGAAUAUUUACGAAUCUGAUACACUUAAACGUCUGAAAGUAAUGGAUUCCGUUUCGAGCUUACAGUCGAGUCCGGAAACUAGAAACUUAUAUCCUAGCACGACAAACGAGAAGUUCAACUCGGGCUCAAUGUCUAACGAUUUGAACGUAAGACGUACGCAUAGUUUAGAAGGACUUUUGGAGAACGUUUUGAACGAAACUGAAAGCCUGCAGACUAGCCAACAAACGGAAGAACCGGACACAAAUACAGAAGGAAGUUAUUUAUGGGAGGAAGAUUCAAUUUGGAGGGAACGUUUGAGAAGUGCUAGCCAAAGACACACGAAGUCUUUAGAUGAUUUGGACUGCAUCGGUGAUCCGAAGAAGACACCUAAGAAGGCAACGCGCGCCAUCACUAGAGACGUGACUUACGUUAACGAUAACAUUUACAACAUGCCUCUGCAAGACAAGCAGCAGAAGUACUUGAAGGAGGGCAAAGGAAACAGUAGCUUCACAAUUGAUAGGGAAAAACUGAGACAGUGGGAUCUAAUGUCUAGUGCUCCGUCGGAUUCGCAAGCUUCUUUACAAGGCGUUAAUAGUGCGAGAGUUAAUACAGAAGUAGAUGCAGGUGAUAGAAAUAGAACAUCUGAUCCAGACUCUCAAGAACCAGCUUCGGGAUCUGUAUCUCUUAACGCCAGAGAUACCUUUCCAAGGAACGUCCCGACGAAACGCUUAUGGCCUUUAAACUCCCAAACAAUGCAAUCUAAGUCUUCUACGAAUAUUAAUCGCAGUCACGAAAGUGAUUAUUCAAUCUCCAGCAGGCAAGGAUUUUAUCCCUCGCAGCACGACAUUAGUUCGGAGAGCAGUCGCAAAGUGAAUUGGAACGAGAACGUGUCAGCCGGUGAUCUCCUAGGAAGAACCCACGAGGAAUUAGUAUUAUUGUUGAUUCAGUUGCGUAGACAGAGCACCAAUACUUGCCAUUCAAUCGAAGCUUGUUAUAAUGAAAUUGAUUCCAUCCAGGCACAAUUACAUUUAAUGGACGCGGCGAAAAGGCUUGAGAACCUGCAGAAAUUGGAACAAAUAAAGCAGCACCUGUUAGAACUGGAAAAACAGUAUGAAAAGGGGAAACCUCUAGUUAAUUUGGUUGAUAAUAUGGUGAAGCUGGGCUCUUUGUACCGAUCACCGAACGACAAAUCCAACCAGAAUCCAUAUAUGAGGGACCGCUUGGAGUUCAAUCAACAGGUACAAGAGAGGAGGUUGCUAGCAGAAGAAAGAAGGGAUUGGAACCGUUUGAAUCCCAACCAUACGCAGCUUCAAGAAAAAGUGCAGCAGUUGUAUCAACUGGAUCGUUUGAUUCAAGAAGAAUCGGGCACGUUGCAAAGUUUGCAACAGGAUAAGGAAGAAAUUGAAAGAGCUUUGGGCGGUCUACGAUUACGUCUGACUCAAGGGUAUAAUGAUCCUGCUGUGAUUAAGCAGGCAAGGAAACAGCAAGCCAUCCUUGAAAAUGAACUAAGUAGGGUACAUUUAAUGUUAGCUCAGAACUCCAAAAAACUAGAGGAAACCGUUGCAGGAAACGCAAGGCUAGAACAGGAGCUCUUGGUAUUGAAACAAAAACUCCAAAUAUCCAGGCAAAAUAGAUCUUCACCACAAUGUUCAAACGCAGGAGAUAGUUUACCUUGCGUUGUUGGAACGAGCGCGAUGCUCGAGUCCGAUCUACAAAAGGUACAGCAGAAGGUUGGCGACUUGCAAAGGCAGAGGCAAGAAUUAUGUAUGCAAGUGAGACAGCUCACGGAUCGUUCUAAUAACCUUCAACAGCAGAUAAAACCGUUUUCCUUGCCGAACGCGCAGAGCAAUCAAGCUUUAGGCAAUAAGAAGAAAAUGCAAUCGCUGUGGAGAGAAACGGACCUGGAUACGAUGAAUAUCACGGAUCACGGCGAUUCCUGGGAUUCUUCGACUCCGCUCUCAACAACGCCGCUCUAUAUAAAUACAGCGGAAUCAGACUUCUAUAAUCGCAGUCUGCAGAGCGACUCCACCAGCGAGGAUACCAGUCAGAAUAUGAUUCCGCAGGAGAAGCAGGAAAUAAAGACGGUGAGGAUUGUCAAGAGGGAAUCGGAACGGCGUCAACGGGAUCGUGAAAAGAUCGUGACUGGAAAAUGGGAUCCGGUUGCUGAAGAAGAGGAAAUUUCUAGUUUGGCACGACAGAAGACGCAGAGCAGUACUAAUAUUGUGGUUGCGCCACCGCCGACUGCAAAUACAGAAACUGAUACUAAAGAGAAGUCGCCGGAAUUAUCACCGGUUUUCCAAAGUGAAGCUGCUAGGCAAAUUAUCACGGAAAUGUCGACUAGCGAUUCACCGAAACAAGUUAAUAGAAGAGCCGUGCCGAAAGAAAAGCGUCGCCAUUACACCGCACCUCACAACAAUCUCAUCAUGAAGAGCUUGAAUCAAUUACCCACCGAGGAGAAUACAUUCGAGAAAGCGCACGCUAGAAGAGCUAGAGAUGAUUUGGACAUGGAAAGAGCUCUGAGACAGAGGAUAGACGCACCAGACGUAGUUAGAUCAACUUUGAGUAAUAAAGAGUUAAAGUAUAACGAGAAUACAAUUGACAAUCUAUUGGGAACACCGAAUAAAAUCAGCAUCCCCGAGAGGUACAUCCCUGAGCAGCUCCCAGAGAUUUCGGCGGAAGAGCAGGAGCACAGGUUGCGUAAAGUAGAGUCGAUCAAGAAGAUGCUUUCGGAUACCACCAUCAUCAAUUCGAGCACACCGAAUUUGACCGGCGAGGAGAACGACGAGAACACUCCGGGCGUUGCCAACAAGGCGACCAGCAAGAUGAUUGAGGAGAAGAAGCAACGCGAGCACCUCCUGCAGCUGAACCAGAUCCUCGCCAAGCAAGUCAUGGAGAUGAGCAAAAUCGUGGCAGUGAAAGCUUUGGCUAAGUUACCACUGCAACCGCAACAGGUGACUUCCGAGGAUGAUGAUCAAUCGCCGGUGACUCCACUCCCACUCUAUCAGCAGCGUGAUAAUUUUUAUAGUUAAUAUAUUUUGUUGAAAUAAUGAAAUUGUUAAUAUUGGUUGUACAAAUUUUAAAGGUUGUGUUCAAGUUUGGCCUAUCGUACAUUAUAAAGCAACGUUGACUUGGGGUUAAAGGAACUGAAGAAAAGAUGCGAAAGCGGAUUCGUCGUUCUAAUUGAAUUUGUAAAGUUUUUAUUCAUUUAAGUUAUUUAUUAUUAGUAAAAAGAGGAAAAACAAAAAACAUAACAAUAUUAUAACAUGUACGACUUAAAGAACUGAGUGCCAGACAAUAAGUAUUAUUGUAAAUUUUUUUCUUUGU